UCCGCUGUGGCACACAUAUUCUUGACCGUUUUCAAACCUUGAACCUCACCAUGCUGCUCAUUUAAUAAUUAAUGAUAUUACUUUUCAUUUCGAUUAUAAAAUGGGUUGGUUGAGCGUUCUGCUUUUAAUAUUUAUUAAUUCGUUUAUUGCAGUCGUUGGCAUUGAUUGUUUUAAGUGUAUAUCAAUUAAUAACGACUAUCAAGCUUGCGAGGAUCCUUUUCAUAACAACUAUACGACUGAUAUUUUUCAAUCACCUUGUAUGGGUGGAAGGAAAGGACGGGACGGUUUGUUUCCAGCAACUUCUUGUAUUAAAAUAACAGGAGUAUUUGAUGACAAUCAAGAUACAAUAACUCUUAGGGGGUGUGCCUUAGACAGUGGAACGUUAACAACCGACACAGAAAUAGUCAGAAUGUCGCAUUGUGGUGGAUUUUUCUAUGGAGACAGAUACGUCAGAGGCUGCGUACAAAGCUGCGACGACGCAGACGCCUGCAAUAAAGGCUCAGCAAUGAGUUUUCCAGCAAUAACUUUCUUCAUCUGUACAAUAAUAAGUCUCUUGUGUUAGAUUUAAUUAUACACAUUUUAUAAUACAACUCAAGAUACAAAUAAGUAAAAAUAUAAAUACUUAACUAAAAUGCAAUCGAAACGUAAAUGGAUAAAAUUUAUAAAAUAAACUAUGAACUAUUGUA